AUGAAUCCUAAUCCUAAUGCAAGUCCUUCAGUCACAACUUACAGUUUUGAUCUUGAACUAGGGAGAAAAAAGUUAGCUCAAAUGAUCAUUCUACAUGAAUACCCUUUAUCGAUGGUUGAGCAUAGUGGUUUUAUAGACUAUUCAAAUACUCUUUGCCCUAUGUUUAAAAUGUUGUCAAGGAAUACAAUUAGGUCUGAUAUUUUGAAAAUGUACAAGGUUGAGAAGGAAAAAUGUAGCCAAAAUUUGGAGAAGAAUAGAAGUAGAAUAGCUAUAACCACUGAUAUGUGGACUGCCAAUCAUCAAAAGAGGGGAUAUAUGACUGUGACAGCUCAUUUCAUAGAUGACUCUUGGAAGUUGCAUAGUAGGAUUAUAAGUUUUAAGUAUGUACCAUGCCCACAUGAUGCUGUAACACUUACUGAUACAUUGAGUUCGUGUCUGUCUGAAUGGAAUAUUGAAGACAAGAUUAGUACAGUGACUGUGGAUAAUUGUACAACUAACGAUGCAAUGAUUCCACUUUUGAAGGAAAAAUUUAAUUCUAACUGUUUCAUUUUAAAAGGAAAGCUACUUCACAUGUGUUGUUGUGCGCAUAUUUUGAAUCUUAUUGUCAAGGAUGGCUUGCCUGUUAUUGGUGAUAGCAUUGACAAGAUUCGAGACAGUGUUGCUUAUUGGUCGGGCACACCAAAGAGGUAUGAGAAAUUUGAGGACACUGCUCGUUCUCUUGAAGUGACAUGUACUACAAAGUUAUCAGUUGAUUGUCAAAGAAGGUGGAAUUCAACUACAAAGUUAUCAGUUGAUUGUCAAAGAAGGUGGAAUUCAACAUACUUGAUGCUCAACAUAGCUUUAUUGUACAAUAGAGUCCGCAAGCUUUGUUAUGAGCUACUAGAAGAGUACAGUUUUAAGUUUCCUAAUCUUAGAGAAAGAAGUCAGCAAAUGGAUAGUGUAUCAGCAUCUUCUCAAACACAAAUAGAUGAUCUAUCUAACUUUGACACAUAUGUUAGAGUUGCAUAUGGUGUAGAGAAUGUGAAGUCAGAGUUAGAACUCUAUUUGGAAGAGAAAUUGAUACCUAGGACUGAUGAGUUCUUUGAUAUAUGCAAUUAUUGGAAAGUAACAGGACUCAAAUAUCCUGUGUUGAAUAUGAUUGCCAAAGAUAUAUUUGUUGUGCCUAUUAGCACCAUUGCUUCGGAAUCUACAUUCAGUACUGUCUGUAGACAUGUGGGUUCACACUGA